CUCGAACAAUUUCGGCCUUCUCUGUGUAGCUCGCUGAUAGUCGUCGCAUUGUGUUGCCGGCUGUUCGAGGUAACUGGAAGACGCUUACAACUCUCUUUCGUUGUAGCGGACACAUCUCACGAGCUCAAGUCUCACCCUUGGCAUUCUUAUUCAACUACGACAUCGAUUAGCUGUCAACUGGCAUGAGGUAGCAUACGCGCAUCAUGCAGCUCUUCUCAACCUCUCCUCGUCGGAGGAGUCAAGCAACAUGGACCGGGUCUCUGGCAUGUGGCCUUCUAUACUGUUCCUCAUGGAUGGCUAGUGCUGCAGCCAAGCAGACGGCAGCCGACUACUUUGUGUCUUCAUUGCCUGGAGCUCCCGAGCCUCUGCUCAAGAUGCAUGCUGGUCAUAUCGAAAUCACACCCGAGCACCACGGCAACCUGUUCUUCUGGCACUACCAGAACCGUCACAUCGCAAACAAGCAACGCACAGUGUUAUGGCUCAACGGAGGCCCUGGGUGUAGUUCCAUGGACGGCGCCAUGAUGGAAAUUGGUCCAUACAGAGUCAAGCCGGACGGGAGCCUACAAUACAACAAUGGUUCAUGGGCCGAGUUCGCGAACUUGCUCUUUGUCGACCAACCUGUUGGAACCGGCUUCAGCUACGUCGAUACGGACAGUUACGUUCACGAACUGGAGGACGCUUCCAACCAGAUGGUACAAUUCCUGGAAAAGUUCUACGACCUGUUCCCCGAGUAUAGACAUGACGACCUAUACAUUGCGGGCGAGUCAUACGCCGGCCAGUACAUUCCAUACCUGGCCGAAGCCAUCCUGAAGCGCAACGCAGAAAAGAAGGGCGACAAGUGGAGUCUUGCUGGUCUUCUUAUUGGCAAUGGAUGGAUCUCGACCGUCGACCAGUCCCUCUCAUAUCUUCCAUACGCGAAGAAAGUUGGCCUCAUCAAGGAUGGCAGCGAAAGUGCCAAGAAAGUCGAAGCUCAGCAUUCGAAGUGCAUAGAGGACUUGGACAAGGACGGAAAGAACCACGUCGACUCGCGGCCAUGCGAGGCCAUCUUGCAAGCGAUUCUGCAAGUCAGCAAUCAGGAGCACGGCAAGUGUGUCAACAUGUAUGACGUACGUCUGGACGACACAUACCCGAGUUGCGGCAUGAACUGGCCCCCAGAUCUCGCUCAAGUCAAGCCAUAUCUCCGUCGCAAGGACGUCACGGAUGCUUUGCACAUUAGUCCUGGAAAGACAAGUGGCUGGGCUGAGUGCAGCGGUCAAGUGGGCAAUGCUUUCAGCGCCCGCGCCGCAAAGCCUUCGUACGAGAUUUUGCCUGCCUUGCUUGAACAAGUCCCCAUUCUGCUCUUCUCUGGCGACAAAGAUUUGAUUUGCAACCAUAUCGGUACUGAAGAGCUCAUCAACAGAAUGGAGUGGAACGGCGGCAAGGGUUUCGAGACAGCACCUGGCGUAUGGGCACCCCGUCGCGACUGGACUUUCGAGAGUGAACCAGCAGGAAUCUGGCAAGAGGCUCGCAACCUUACAUAUGUUGUCUUCUACAACGCUUCGCACAUGGUUCCAUUCGACUGGCCUCGUCGCAGUAGAGACAUGUUGGACCGCUUCAUGGGGGUGGACAUUGACAGCGUCGGAGGCAUCCCAACCGACAGUCGAAUUGACGGUGAGAAGGGACCUCUGACCAGUGUUGGUGGACACCCAAACAGCACUGCAGCCGAGGAAGCGGAGAAGGAAGCUUUGCAACAAGCAACAUGGAAGGCAUAUUACAAGUCUGGCGAGGUCGCGCUAGUCGUAGUUGUCAUUGCCGUGGCAGCAUGGGGAUACUUUAUCUGGCGUCAAAGAAGAAGCGCGGCAGGCUACCGUGGGCUGUCACACAACCUCGAGAUGGACGGCAUGGGUCUCAAUGCCGAAGGGUUCCGAAGAAAGCAAGCACGAAGAGACUUGGAAGCGGCAGACUUUGACGAAGCAGAGCUGGAUGAGUUGACGAGUCCUCACAAUCCUGAGAGGGAGAGAUUUGAUGUUGGGGAUGACAGCGACGACGAUGAGGAUGAUGGCAAACCGUCUUCGCGUCCUCAUGGCGGUAGAUAGUUAGCAUAUCAGUAUUCAAGCAACAGCAUUCGAAAUCUGGCA